GGGUCGUCUUACCGCUCCUCCAACAUGAACUCCAUCUCCAAGUUUCACCACCGUACACCACCGUCAAUAACUGCAGACAACGCCGAGCAAACACUCAGGGCACCUGAGCCAGUGCUAUCUGAUAACCUCAUCAAGGUGUUUGAGAGGCUGGUCGACCCGCAUGAAGACCAUAUCUUCGUCCACAAGUAUGUGGAUGCAAUACGCUGUGCGUUCAGACAGAACAUUGAUGACCAAGUCACCUCUUUCCCUCCCUUCACCCACUCGUGCCUCAAUGCGGGGCUUGUGAAGACGAUGCUGGCAGUCCUGCGCCAAGAAUGGCCGACAAGUAACACCCCGAAAGAAAGAUACACCGCUCAAUACCAUGCGUCACAAAUUCUCUCGUAUGUGUUGGAGACUGGCAGCGCGUCAGAGCGGAAGAGGGAGAUGGAAACGAUGAUGCGGACGGAUGUCAUGGAGAUAUGUUUCCGAGACCUGCAACACCCUCUAUCCUCUCUGCGGCUAGUCGCCAUCAAUCUGAUCAGUUCGCUUGCAACCGAAACCUGCCUAGCAGAGCAAGUAUCCGCCUCGCUCGCUGCCGAUAUCAUGGAAGCUGUCUGCAAGUACACCCUCCAAGGCCCAGACCACCUCACGAAUCAACUGCUCGACCCCGCGACUGCGUGGCAAACCCCUGUAUUUGCGGAACGAGGAUACACAUUCUUGGUACAACAGCCCGCAAAAUGGGGUCCCCGGCUUUUUGCCACAGGCCGCGAAAGUGCGAUAUGGUCGGCGCAGAAUAUAUUGUGCUCAUCUCCCCCUCGAUCGCGCCAGUUUGCGCUCGAUAUUCUCAAGAAGAGACCACAGGUGAUCGAUCUUCUCCUUGAUGUAGCGAUCAUGGAUAGGCCAUUGUACUGUCCGGAGACCCAGGUAGACGUGACAGCAUGCGAGGCACUGGCUCUGCUGUUUCAGUGGCCGCUUCAUAUUGUCCCAGGAGUCGUUACGCCCAUGGACAAGACGUUCAAGACGGGAGAGUGGAAGGCCAUAUCGCAAGCACUGAUUAUUUUGACGUCACGACCAGCCUGGUCCGAGAAACUUAUCGAUGUAUGGAUGCGGAUACAGGACGAGAAUAUGGAGAAGACACUGAGUGAUCUUGUCAACGCGCAGCGCGACUACUAUGCGACUCAAGGUCCGCAGAACAUAUACCAAUACCGCGGCAAGAAUAGGAUCACCGUUUUGCGAUUGAUAACCACACUUACCCAUGCUGCUGAUGUCUGCGGAAUCACCAACGCUCAGAUCGAAUCAUUCCUUCACGUCGCCUACCAGGGUUGUCGCAAGGUGAAGCGCCCAGAGGAGUGCUUCUAUCCACAAGAGUCCUACCUAGCCAUUGAGAAUAACGUCGACAACAAUCGCUUUCCCGUCUGGACUGCCCUUCCCGGCGUGACCGUGACCGCCGAGACGAGCUCGAUGGCACCGGAGAACAUUAUCGGCCCAACCGCACUCAUCCGCCUGCUCGUUGUCCUCGCUCAGCGGAAAGCACUUGACGGCAUCCAGACGCUACGCAAGCCACCAAAUGGACUAUCGCCGACGACCUCGCUCGUCCACGUCCAGCAGAUCACCAACCCCAGCGUCAUCCGCCGCCUCAUCAAGAUAUCCCAGGCGCGCCUACACGCAAGGAUGGACACGGGCCGAAACGACGUUGCAAGCAAGAAGACUGGCUGGGAUUGGCACAUGGCGUGCGCAGCGUUCACGACCGCGGCAGAGCUGGCAGCGGCUCUGAUCGCACUGGACACGCACACAGGUGGGGUGUAUGCGCGUCAGAUUCGCGGGGCGCGCAAGCAGCUGGUGAUUGCUCUUGGAAAUGCGUCGCAGAUGGCGCUGAACCUCGGACGGUACAAUCAGGCACUUCACUUCGCGUGGGGUGCUGUUACCGCUGCGGAGAACAUAGCACCGGAAGAGGGGUUGGAUCCAGAGAUCGUCGAGAAGAAUAAGCGACGAGUAGAUUACGCUAAGGAUGGGCUUCAACGUGAGUCGUAGGAUUGAAGAGUGACGCUCUAGAUGAGCUCGGCGAGUACAUACAUGAUGUACGCUUCCUAUGUUACACAUUCUUCCAAAGGCGUGGGUGUGCGAACCGGGACAAGGCU